GUGGCAAAGACCGGAUGAUCCUGUAACAGUGAAAGAAUCAAGAAUUCCCCGUUUGGGCCGUCUCGACCUGGUAUGGCCGUGGGGAAGCUUUUUAUCUCGCUCUUUGGCACGAUCAACUCAGCGAUGAUUUGUUUUAAGGUUUUGCGUCCGAAACUCAUCUGAUGUCGAGUUCCACAUAUCAGACGACUCGUCAACUUGGGAGCUCCUCGUAUUCUUAUCGCCCAUGGCCUCACCAUAGCUUUUCGACGUAUAUAAUGUCUGCCAUCAGCUGAAUGACUUUGAUUUUUUGUCUCUAUCUCUAUUGUCUUCUCACUUCCAGUCUUUUCUCCUCUGUAUCUUUCUUCCAUUCUACCGACCCGGCGUCGUUUAUUUACUAGACCUUCCUUCAUCAAAAUGGUUCACCUUACUAGCAUUGCGGCUUUUAUUGCCAGUUAGUGACCCCGUUGACCACUAUUUCAGUAUUCCUUUACUAAUAAAUAUCGACAGUUCCGUUCGUAGCCUUCUCCCUACCAGGCUCCUUCUUCCCAAGCAUUGCCGCCCGCGCAGUUACCACGGUAAAUGCAGGCGCCGGGGCUGUUGGAAAGGGCAGUGGAGGCCAGUUCACCGUUGGUAAAUUCUCCUGCGCCAAACAAUGCAAUGAGGUAUGUGUGGUUAACAGCUGGCACAGGCGGUUGUAUCAGCGACGCGGACUGCGGUUCAAAAUGCUGCGCCGGAGGAGCCGUCAGCGGCAUCAGUGGCAGGACCAACGUUGGUGUUUGCUCUGGCGUGGGCGGAGGUGUUGAGAACCAGAAUGGAAAGACGGGCUGUGGCUUCGUGGACCCAAAUGCCAACCUGACCCUCCAGGAAAACGCGGCGCAGGUGAAGAAACAGGGAUUCUAGAUUUUCUUGGGCUUAGGA